CAGGCGGAACCAGCAGCAUGAAGUCGCCGUGCAGACAUUGCAGCAACGUAUUGAUCAACUGCAGAAGGAGAUCAUCCAGUGUGACCGUUGCGCCAAUUCGUGGGAAGAGGAAAAGUCCAGGCGGAGUGCGAAAGCUUCCACUGCUGCGUUGCCGGGCUUGGUGAUUUUCCAACGGCCGUUGCCCAGUAACCAUCAGCGCCGAAAGGCUUUGUUGAUUGGUGUGAACUACCUGAACUCCCAGGCACCGCUGAAGGGAUGUGUGAACGACAUUUGGAACCUGCAAUGCUUGAUGCGGCAUACCCUCAGGUACACACCGGAACAGAUGCAGAUCCUCGCAGAUGGCUUUGAUGGACCCCCGAGGCCGGAGAGGAUGCCUACGAAAGCCAACAUCAUGGCUGCCUUGGGUUGGUUGGUGUCUUCAGCUCGCCCUGGCGACCAUUUACUCUUGGCCUUCUCUGGCUAUGGUUGUCAGCAUCCUCGGAGCCCUGGCUCCGAGAAAUGCGAGAGCUACCUCGUCCCCUCCGACUUCGCGGAUGAUUUGCCCGAGAAGUUCUUCCAGACGUACGAGGCCAGCGUGCCAAGCGCCAGCGCCAGAGCCGACACCCAGGGCUUGGGUGGCACCGUGACGGCAGAGGAGCUGCGACGGCAGUGCGAGGUCGCCCGCGUCGCCGCGGCUGGCGGCCGGUAUCGCUUGAUCUCCAUGUUGGAGGUCCACGACUUCAUCAGCCGGUUGCCGAAGAGGUGUUGCGUCACGGUGGUCAUGGAUGCGUGCUAUGCGAUUUUACCUGGCGUGGGCGCUGACUCGCCGGCCACCUUUCGCAAGGUGGAUCGUGGAGUGGUGGAGUAUUCCAAGCUCUGGAAUUUCAUCAGCAGACCGCGGUUCCUGGAGUUGCCUCCGCUCCCGGUGCAGCAUACUCCACCCGAACUGCCGAGAAGUACCAAUCUCUUGGCUUGCACGCUGCAUUGCUUCUCGGGGUGCAGGCUAAAGGAGUGGUGCGCGGAGUUCCCCAUCGAAGGUACCGUUCAGGGUGCCUUCAGCUGGGCCUUUCUGAAAGCCAUGGCACAGGGGCACUUCCACGUGGGCAUCUACCAGUUUCAGCAGUUCAUGGCCAACCUCUUGUUGAAUCUCAAGACGCAUUUCAAGCACGUGGAUCAGCAGCCUGUGGUGCAACUCUCUUCCGACGCAAGCCUCCAGGACGUGGUUCUUUGGACCUGAGAGGUGAAGAGAGCCAAGGGGUGAAGAGCGCCAGAUGAAGGAGAUGGGUGGCGAUUUGGUGAUGUUGAUGGGUGAUGGCUAGCUGCUAAGUAUGGGUGAUGGUGAUUGGUGUGGCGUUGGUGGCUAGCUGCUAGCGAGCUCCCUCAUUCGUAUUGGGAUUUCCAUCAGUUUUGGAUUGGAUCACACAUCUGCGUCAUGGUAUGGGAUGGUGGGAGGUGUUCCCUCGGCUUCCUUUUUAGACCCAUUUAGAUAUGGCUUCGACUUACGUGUUCAC